AUGUUUGUUGAAGGAACAAUAAAGCUACCGAAUUGUUUGGUCCGACUAGAAAAUGCAGUCGGAUUUGUUCAAGUGAAAUAUAACGAAAAUUUUAUUGAAAAACAUACAAAAAUAUCGUUCUCGAUCAAAGCAAAUCAUUAUGGAGUAUUAUUUAUCAAUGGUUUCAAAAUGAAAGAAAAGUAUUGUGGUGUUGAUGAAUGCUCAUUGUUUUCAAGAUCGACAGUGAUUGGAACAUGUACAACAGCUAGUACAUGUGCAAGUACUGAAGUCAGAUAUGAGAGUGUCUACGAAGCUACAUCACUUGGUGAACAAUUCGAAGCUAUACUCAAUUUCAUUCGACGAAUGCGUGUACAAGCAAAUGUCGAAUAA